UUCAGUAGCGGCGGCGGCGGCGGCCCUCGGCUGUACUGCGCAUUGAACACCUAGCCACAUAGGCCGAGUCUGCGCCGCGACGCGCCGCGCUGAGCUCUGCGUCUGUACGUGUACGCUGCUGCAGCCCAAAUCUCAAUGGUCCAGAGAGAGAGAGAGAGAGAAGAACGAAGAACAAGCAGAAGAAGAAGAAGAAGAAGAAGAGGAAGAAGAAGAAAGCAUUUGAGUGGUUUUCACUCCUCGUAGCUGGCUUUCACGCUGAUCAUCGCAAGCGAAAAAGCAAAAAAGCAGAAGAAAGGUUAAAGGUGCGAAUGAAUGCGAUUGAAGGAAGGAAGAAUCUGAUGAGUUUGUGUGUGCAUUUAAAGCUUUUGUAGCUACGAAACCCUCUUUCUCUAAUCCCAACGAUUCUAUUCGAUUCCAUUAUUUCCAAUCCAAUCCACUUUUUCUUCUUCUUCUUCUCCGUGAUCCGUUUCUUUCUCUUUCUACGGGACUUGAUUGAAAGUUAUGGAAAGCGACUGCUCGACGUGAUCGUUUUCCAUGCCAAUCUUUUGCCUCUUUCGUGUCCUCUAUAAUCCCUGUUAUGAGACAAGAUCUCGUGAUUCCGCAGUGACUGAGCUUCUUGUACUUGUUUGACCCUAGUCAUUUGCUGUGAAAGUCCGGUGGAUUGGUGUUUUCUGUACCGGAGAUGUUGACGUGUAUAGCCUGCUCGAAGCAGCUCAACAAUGGAUCUCUGCACCAGCAAGAGGGAGAAGAUUCCGUUGCUACACCGAGGACGAAACAAACAAUCAAGGCUCUAACUGCUCAGAUCAAGGACAUCGCACUGAAGGCAUCGGGCGCUUACAAGAAUUGCAAGCCAUGUUCAGGCUCAUCGAGCACUAACGGCAAGUAUAAAUAUGCAGAAUCUGAUUCUGCAUCAGAUUCGGCGAGGUUUCAUUGUUCCUACAGGCGGACUGGGAGUGCAAACUCCAUACCAAGGCAAUGGGGAAAGGAAAUGGAGUCCCGAUUGAAAGCUCUGUCAAGUGGGGAAGUGAGUCCAGCUUCUGUAAGUGGACGAACUGAGAUUGUUUUCUUGGAAGAAGACGAACCAAAGGAAUGGGUAGCACAAGUUGAGCCUGGUGUGCUUAUCACUUUCGUUUCAUUUCCACAGGGAGGAAACGAUCUCAAACGGAUUCGUUUCAGCAGGGAACUGUUCAACAAAUGGCAAGCUCAAAGAUGGUGGGCGGAAAACUAUGAGAAGGUUAUGGAAUUGUAUAAUGUCCAGCGUUUCAAUAGCCAAGCUGUUCCUCGUCCACCUUCCCCUCCAUUAUCGGAAGACGAUGCCUCGAAGACUCAAUCUGCCAAGGACAGCCCUGCUACUCCACCUUUGACAAAUGAAUGGCCUCCUCGAACUUCGGAUCGACCAUUGGGAAACUCAUCAUCGGAAUCACUUGAUCACCACCCUAACCGACCCCCACAUUGCUAUGAUUCAGGUGGUUUAGCUCCAUCAGUUAAACCCUCUAGCGAAAAUGACGCAAAGAUUGAGACAUCAUCUGUAGAUGGUUCUGUGAGGACCAGUGAGGGAGAUCAGUCAGAAGAAGAGCUUUCUGUAAGUAAUGCUAGUGAUUUGGAGACUGAAUGGAUUGAAGAGGAUGAACCAGGAGUCUAUAUCACUAUUCGGGCUCUGCCAGGUGGCUCGAGGGAGCUAAGACGCAUUCGAUUCAGUCGAGAAAAGUUCGGAGAAAUGCACGCGAGAUUAUGGUGGGAAGAGAACCGAACGAGGAUACAAGAACAGUAUUUGUGACGAUGGUACGUGAAUGGAAUUGCAUCUCGUUUUUUAGUUGCAGAUUGCGGGUCGUUUUUUACAUACCUCUCUGCCCUUUCCUUCUCUUACAAAUCUAGACUUCUCUAUGUGGGUUAUGCCUCGGAAUCAAAGGAUGUUGAAAGAUAAUAACAUUGGUUAGGUUGGUGGUUUUAGCCUUCAGGGGAACAGUAGAGAUAACAGAAUCUAUACUGCUCCAAUGUUCCAUGUUCAUUCCAGAAAGAAACUAAUGGUUGUAGUACUUUACUGUUCUGUACAUUUGAGUGGGAUUUGUCUAAAGACUUCUCUUUCUAUGG